AGGCGGGAAAGCGUGCCAAAAGAAAAGAAAAUCGAAGAGAGAGAGAGAGAGAGAGAUGGAGAAGAAGAGCUCGAACGAAGAGCUACAGAGUGUACUAGAAGCCAUCAAAUCUUCGGAUGUUGUGGAGAGUCGUGUUCAACUAGUUAAGAAGCUUGGGAACUUGGAAAUAUUAGAUCAAUCCAAUUUGGUUUCCGUUGUGGAAUGUCUCACAGCAUUCUGGGAAGAUUUCACUUGUUUGGACGUGUCUCAGUGCACGUUAAACAAAGCUAUUUUACAGGUUGCUGUAAAAUAUAUAGAGACAGAUAUAUCUGGCUGUUUAUUACAAUUUCUUUCCCUGGGGUCCAAGGCAAGCAUAUGGUGUAAAAAGCAUUUGAAGAUGACCCUAAUGUCAACUGAGGAAUCUCAAGAAGAGGAGCAUUACAACAUUUUCUUUCAGCUGCUUUUGGAUUUAUUGAGCUUCUCUGCUGCUAGCUUUUCGGCUUUGGCAAGAUACCCUGUUUCAGAUGACAAACCCUUGAUGGAUAUAGUGGAGAAAUAUAUUUUGGAACAGUUAGACGUAACAAAAGAUUCAGUAUCAGAGGUUAAGCAGAGAAUUGGUUCAUUUGGCUCAGAAGUGGUAAAAGUUACACAGUUGGUCAUUGAUGCUGUGAUAAGGCUAUGCAGAGUGUAUUCUCAGGCUGUUAAUCGGGAGUUCUGUGAUGGAAAUCCAGAGAAAGAUAAAAAUUGCAUGGAAUUUGAAGCAACUAGUAAUGUGACUCAUGUGAGUAACAUAACAAAAUGUGCAAUAGAAAAAUUGUGUGAAUUGGGCAUCCUUGCAGCUAAUGAUGGUGGAAGUUUAGUUACCAUUCUUAAUGUUUCGUGGAAAGGUGUGGUAAGCUUGCUUCAGCUUGGUAAGGAGACUUUAGCAGUGAAGGUGAGCGUGGCAGAUAUCAUUCUUACUCUUCUUUCACUAGUUAAUGAGUCCCUGAGGUGUGCAGCUAAAGCUUGGAACUCUUCCCUUAAGGAAACCAUUUCUGUAACUGAAGCUAGAAGAAUAUUUGUUCCAGUAAAGUUCUACCUGAUUAAUGCAGUUAAAAUAUCCUCUCUAUAUCCAAGUCAAGCAUAUCUGGUAUACCGGGAGAUAACACACUGCAUUAUGAUAAUUUUAACAUUAAAAAUUUCAAUGAGCAAUGAAGAACAUAUGAAAACUGCCAGUGAAGUGAUAACAGAGCUUUUGGAGCAAACGUCCAUGGAUUUGCUCAAGUCUUUGCUAAAUUCAGUUGAAGUGAAACCAGAGCUAAAAUUAAGAAUUCUGGACUGGUUGUUCAUUGGCGAAAGCCACUCAAACUCUAGCAAUGGGGAUUCAAGUAGUGAUUCUAGAAUAACUUCAAUGGAUCAAAUCUUUUUGGUCAGUUGUGAAGACAUGACUGGGGAGAGAACGCUGUUGCUCAGUCGAGUUGCAUUGUUUCUUAAUUUCCUGAAAUAUUCUCUUGAUCUUGAUGAAGAUCUAAAACUUGGAAUGACCAGUAAGCUUGGAUGGUUCUUAGACAUAUUAGUUGAUGAAGAGGUAUAUUCCUCCAUCCUUGUCAUGCAAAUUCCUGAAUUAUAUGGUUCUGGAAAACAAGCUGAAAUAGAUUGGCUACCUAUGUUUUCUUCUCUUUUGCAUGCACUGGAAACCUUCAUGAUUGUGGUCUCUUCAAGUGCUGCUUGGGGGGAACUUGAGUCUUUCCUGCUUGUGAAUUUCUUUCAUCCUCACUUUCUUUGCCGGGAGAUUGUGAUGGAACUUUGGUGUUUUAUGGUGCGUUAUGGUGAGAUAAGUUUGGUGACAGGUGUUAUUGAUCAACUUUGCUCUUUAAUGAAAUUGGUGGCAUCUCCAGAAUCAGUUUUUGUUAGGGGUUCUGCAAUGAGAAAAAUGGCAGGAUCAAUUAGCAGGAUUCUUACUUAUGGUCCACAAUCUGUUGUUGACCAUGUUUACAAGUCCAUUACUGGUGAUGACAGAUCUCAAUUAUCAUCAGUUAUGUGUGUAGCCCUGUUCAUGGAAGGCUUUCCACUGAAUUUGCUUUCAGAUAGGAUGAGAAGUAUUGCUACUCAGAGAAUCUUUACUGAUUACUUUGGCUUCUUAGAGGGUUUUGAUGACAAAUCAAUGAGAGCUUGUAAUUCUGGUGUAUAUGGGGUUCCAGUCUUUGCUCUUUCUGCCUCCUUGCAGUCUCUCCAGGUCAGUAUGCCUAAUAUUGACGCAAAGAUGCUGAAAUUUCUAGGUUCUAUUAUUCAUAACUACAGAAAUACCUUGGAUCAACUAACAAAGGACCAUUACUGUAAACUCUUAAGUGAAACAUUAGGAAUCAUCUCAAAUAUGAAGCAUCUAUAUGCAGCUGUUGAGAUGGAAGAAGUCAUCUUGGGGCUUAAAAGCUUAUUUAUCUCAGGGUCAACAGCCUUAGAUACUCAAUUGUAUCAGUGCAAACCAAAUCUAGCUCUUUUCAUGGCAGGACUCGGUCACAUGGAAAUUACUGAAAGUGAUGAAAGUGCGAAGUGUUCCGCCAUCUGGGAAUUGUAUCACAUGCUACUAAGAGAGCAGCAUUGGGCAUUAAUUCAUUUGGCAAUAACAGCAUUUGGAUAUUUUGCUGCCCGCACUUCUUGCAAUCAACUAUGGAGAUUUGUGCCCCAGACUGCAGCUCUUUCAUAUGAUCUAUCAGGAGAUGAGGCAAAUGAAGAGAGAUUUAUGUCUGAAUUGAAGGCAUUUCUUGAGAAGGAAACGGCUCUUCUUACAAUUACACCAAGCUCUGAGCAGCUUGGGUUGCUCGUAAGGGAUGGUCUAAUGCUGAAAGAAGUGGUUCGAAAGUUUUCAGAAAUUGAUGCAAAGGCUAUGGGAUGUGAAAGCAUGGUGAUUGAUGAGGAGAAGCAACUCAACAAGAAAAGGAAGCUUCCAGAUGGCAUUAGUGAGGGAGUGGAAUUGCUGCAGAGCGGAUUAAAGGUUAUUGAUGAUGGUCUUUUCGAGUGGCAGCAAAAUCACAGUGCCAUUGCACUUAAUGCCAAGUUCUUGACUCACAUUUCUCGCCUUAAAGAUGCAGUCGCUCAGUUAGUGGGCUUGGCUGGUAGUGGUUAACUUCCUGCGAUUACAGUCGUCUUCUGGAAAAUUGAUGGUGGCCGAAUAACCAAGGUACCGAAUUCAAAUUUGUGUAGUAAGUGGAGGAAUAGAGACAAGUACAAUUGAAUGGUAAGCUGGGAGUAGUUCUUUUUUCACUGGUUUUGAGGCAUGCUUGAGGUUUCAUGUAUCGAAAUAAACAAUUGACUUCUCUCGAGAAGAUACUAUUACAGUAUUAUGUACAUACAUAGCUUGUAGUUGUAACAUCAGCCGAUCACUAGAAAUUUCUGAACUGUAUCUUGCUUAUUCUAGGAUUUCUUCCAUUGUGAUUAAUUUACCUUG